UGACACGGGAGGUGGGACAGGACGCUGGGUGGGGGCGGGGCCUUGCAGAGUUCCCAGCAUGCCGCAGCGCACAGGCCCCGCCUCCUCUCCUGACAGUGACUAUGGCGCCGGUGUACAGCAAGUACCUGACGGUCCGGAACUCCUCGGCGGCCGGGGCGGCGCUCGUCCUGCUCUACCUGCUGAACAGGCGGAGGGGAGCGAACAGGAAGAACAGUGGGAAGACCCCCGCACAGAACAAUGAGAAAGAUGGAAAAAAAGACAAAGCGGUGGUGGACCGACUGUUCUUUGCCAGGAUUGGCCGUAUCCUGAGAAUAUUGGUGCCCAGAACGUUGUGUAAAGAGAGCGGGUACCUGAUGCUGAUCGCGGUCAUGCUGGUGGCCCGCACGUACUGUGACAUAUGGAUGAUUCAGAAUGGCACUUUUAUUGAAAGCGGAAUCAUUUACAGGAAUAGCGCUGUGUUCAGGAAGCACUUUUUCCAGUAUCUAGCUGCGAUUCCCCUGAUUUCAUUAGUAAAUAACUUCUUAAAAUUUGGUCUGAAUGAGCUGAAGUUGUGUUUCCGAGAGCGGCUGACUAAGCACCUUUAUGAUGAAUACCUAAGAUCUUUUACUUAUUAUAAAAUGGGCAACCUGGAUAACCGGAUAGCGAACGCUGACCAGCUCCUAACGCAGGAUGUGGAGAGAUUCUGCAACAGUGUGGUGGACCUGUACUCCAACCUCAGCAAGCCGUUUCUGGAUAUCGUCUUGUACCUCUUCAAGCUGACGAGUGCCAUUGGAGCCCAGGGUCCAGCGAGCAUGAUGGCUUAUUUGCUUGUCUCAGGGCUUUUCCUCACACGCCUCAGGAGACCUAUUGGUAAGAUGACUGUUACCGAACAGCGAUACGAAGGCGAAUACAGAUACGUCAACUCACGCCUCAUUACCAAUAGUGAAGAAAUCGCCUUCUACAAUGGAAACAAAAGGGAAAAACUGACCAUUCACUCUGCUUUUAACAAAUUGGUGGAGCACUUGCAUAAGUUUAUUUUAUUCCGGUUUUCCAUGGGUUUUGUAGACAACAUUAUUGCCAAAUAUUUUGCUACAGUCGUUGGUUACCUGGUUGUCAGCCGUCCAUUCCUUACACCAAACCAUCCCAGACAUCUGAACAGCACCCACGCCGAGCUCCUGGAGGAUUAUUACCAGAGCGGACGGAUGUUACUACGGAUGUCUCAGGCGCUCGGAAGAAUUGUUCUAGCAGGACGUGAAAUGACUCGGCUGUCAGGAUUCACAGCCAGAAUUACAGAACUCAUGCAGGUCCUGAAAGAUCUAAAUGAAGGGAAAUAUGAGCGAACGAUGGUGUCGCAACAGGAUAAAGAGACAGAGAAUCUUCCCAGAAUUCCCUUAAUACCUGGAAGUGGAAGAGUCAUCAACGUUGACAACAUCAUCAAGUUUGAACACGUUCCACUUGCAACACCAAAUGGAGAUAUUCUAAUCCGAGACCUAAACUUUGAGGUGAGAUCCGGUACCAAUGUUCUUGUCUGUGGGCCAAAUGGAUGCGGGAAGAGUUCCCUGUUCCGUGUAUUAGGAGAGUUAUGGCCGCUCUUCGGUGGAUCUCUGACCAAACCUGAACGGGGAAAAUUAUUUUAUGUUCCUCAGAGACCGUAUAUGACUCUGGGGACGUUACGAGACCAGGUCAUCUAUCCCGACACCCAGGAAGAUCAGAAGCGUAAAGGCAUCUCCGAUAAGGUACUGAAGGAAUAUUUGGACAAUGUGCAGCUGGGGCAGAUCCUGGAGCGUGAGGGCGGCUGGGAUAGUGUCCAGGACUGGAUGGAUGUUCUCAGUGGAGGAGAGAAGCAGAGGAUGGCGAUGGCGCGGUUAUUUUACCACAAGCCUCAGUUUGCCAUCUUGGAUGAGUGCACGAGCGCGGUCAGUGUGGAUGUUGAGGGUUACAUCUACAGCCACUGUAGGAAGGUUGGAAUUUCCCUUUUCACUGUGUCACACAGAAAGUCCCUGUGGAAGCACCAUGAGUUCUACCUCCACAUGGACGGACGCGGCAACUACGACUUCAAGCAAAUCACAGACGAGACGGUUGAGUUUGGAUCUUAAAGCUUCGCGAUCCGCAACCGAGGGAAAAACGAAACUAUCACCUAGUUUUCUUUUUUUUCUUAGCAGAUUAUUUUUUUUCUUGCCUAAUUUUAAAACAAUUGAAGUGUAAUAACGUUAAUGUAAUGAUUAACACUACCGUACUGAGGUACAAUGAAGUCCUCCAUGAGGUCCAAUCAGCCGCUCAAAUUACUCGACAAAAAAAUCCAUUUACUUAGACUUUCUUGGCCAUUUCCAAGAUGGAGUGAAAGAUCUGCCCCUUGGGUUAUCUCAUAUUCUUAUGGACUAAGGGAAGGUACUGAUGGCCUGUUCCUGUGCUUCCUCUUUUUAAAGGUGGUUAUACACAUCAAACGAAUUUUGGUGGAAACAGCCGACCAUUUGAUAUAUGGGGUGUCCCAACUCAUCUGGCAGCGGCAGAAGGAUUGGGCUUGUUGGUAUUCAGUAAGCCCCAUCCUUUGUUCUCGGGGGAGAAAAGUCGCUGCCAGAAGAGUCUGACUGCAACAGUGGUAAUCUAGCAGCACAUGCAUGGGAGAACACAUGCAUGCUCAGUUGAGCUGAGCAUGCAUAUGCAUGGGGAGUCCCAAGGAACAGCUGUUGCCUGAAUGAGCGUUUGUCUGACCACUAUCUAUGGCAUGUUUUCCAAACAGCGUGCCUCCAGCUGUUGCAAAACUACAACUCCCAGCAUGCCGUUGGCCGUACCUGCUGAUUUUGGUGGGAACAGCCGGACUUUGUGUAUGGGGGUGUCCCAACUCAUCUGGCAGCGAAAAAAGGAUCAGGCUUAUUGGGAGUCACUAUGCCUGAUCCUUUAUUCUCAGGGGAGAUAAGCCGCUGGCAGAGGAGUCUGAAGGGGACAGUGCUAUCUAGCAGCAGCUUACUCCUGUCUCCCUAUGAAGGACACAUGCAUGCUCAGCUGAGCUGAGCGUGCAUCUGUAUGUGGAGUCCUAAGGGCCAGCUGUCAAAUGAACAGGCGUUUAGCUGACCACUAUCUAUGGCAGUGUUUUCCAAACAGCAUAUUUGUCCGGGCAUGCUGGGAGUUGUAGUUUUGCAACACACGCUGUUUGGAAAACACGGAUCUAUGUUGUAUGGCCACCUUAAAGGGGUUAUCCAGGAAAAAAACUUUUUUUUAUAUAUAUCAACUGGCUCCAGAAAGUUAAACAG